CGACACAGAGCUCGAGCUAGAGCUGAAGCCGAGCGUGGAGCGGCACCAUGCGCCCGGCGGAGCGCGCCUGCUCGCGCACAGCAUACGAGCCGACCAUCUGCAAGGCGGCAUCCACCAGCAGCACGGCGGGCACAUGGCGGUGCCGGUCGGCAUGUCGUCCUCCGCCUCCGACAGCGACAAGCCCACCAAGCAGAAGAGGCACAGAACGAGGUUCACUCCGGCGCAACUGAACGAGCUGGAGCGCUGCUUCACCAAGACGCACUACCCCGACAUCUUCAUGCGGGAGGAGAUCGCCAUGCGCAUCGGCCUCACGGAGAGCAGGGUGCAGGUGUGGUUUCAAAACCGGCGCGCGAAGUGGAAGAAGCGCAAGAAGAGCACCAACGUGUUCCGCUCGCCCGGCUCGCUGCUGCCGUCGCACGGCCUGCCGCCCUUCGGCGGCGACAUGUGCGGGCCCGGCGUGUUCGGCGAGCGGCCCUGGUCCAUGCCGGCAGGUGAGCGCGCGCGCCCCCACGAGCGCCCCGCCGGCGCCCCUGGCUACAGCGUGCCGUGUGUCGCAGGGCUGGGGCAGCUGGCGCAGGGCGGUGUGUCCAUGGGCGGCUUCGGCGCGGGCGCGCUGCCGCAGCUGGCCGCCGACCUCAACCCCGCGCUGCCCAUCAGCUCCGUGGGCUCGCAGCCCUACCAGUCGCACUACCCGCUCAACUCACUCGGAGACACGAUGAUGUCGUACUGCAACAACAUCAGCGGGCAGCAGGGCGCGCUGGAGGGCUCGCCCACGCCGCCGCACAUGGGCCACUGCGCCAACAACAACGGCUCGCCCACCACCUCGGGCGGCGGCGAGGGCGGCGAGGAGGAGGUGUGGCGCGGGCACAGCAUCGCGGCGCUGCGGCGGCGCGCGUCCGAGCUGUCGGCCGCCAUCCCGCCCUACCUGCAGCUCAACUACGACGCGCACAGCCCCGUCUACUGACCCUCGUCCGCCGCGCACUACACACACUGAACACAGCGUCUGCGCUGUGCAGACGUCUACUGCAAUUCUUUCCACUUUCCACAGGAAACCUGCUAAUGUUGACAGAAAUCCUUUAAAAUUUCCAGAGGAAACUCUUAACGUUGACGGCAAUUCUUUAAAUUUUUCGCAAGUAACCUGUCAACAUUGACGGCAAUUCUUUCCACUGUCUGCAGGAAACCUGCCAACGUUGAUGGCAAUUCUUCCCACAGUCCAUAACAAGGCUGCCACAAUAACGCCACAGAUUCUUCCGAGAGUCUGCAGCAAACCGACUCACAUCGACGGCAGAUAAUUUCCCACGAUAUAAUAUAAUGCUUCUUCUUUGAUGCCGUUUCUAUGUCUAAUUUUUAACCACACUGGGGUUUUUUAAUUCGUUCAAGUUUCGAAGGAAAGUUUAAACGCGAAACAGUUUAUAAUUUUAAAUGAAUAUUAGGUUUAACCUCUACUCGUAGUUCAGCCAAACUGCUUCGGGUUUGGCGGAACAUCGAGCAAAGACGACGAAGUAACAAUUACUUCGAUAUUGCUAAAUUAUGAGUAAUGAAUAUUACUCAUAAUUUACGACAAUAUGCAGGGCUUUACCCCCUUGGGUAGUCGAUUCCACUUGAGACCUAUUAAGCAAUCUGAUUAUUUAUUCCUGAGGCUAUCUGAUCAGUUUUAGAACUCUUUCUUAUUUAGAAAUUUGGUUCUUCAAACCGAAGCCCUUUGCUGAGAACCCUUAAUGUCAAGCGUUAGCAUUUAAAAUUGAAAAGAUAACAUUAAUACGUUUUGAUUUGUUUGUGCCGUCAAGAAGUGACCUCUUUUCCUUUGCUCUGUUUUUUCUUUUCUCUUUAUUAUAUUUUUUAGCAUUGCCCAUAUCUCUUCUAUCACAUUGGACAGCAGUAUACGCAUACUACAUAUAUACCUACUCGUUAUUACGGUAUAGGCUUGCGGAGUCUACGUCACUAUUCGUUUCCUGCAUAUACGAGUAUCGUCGCUGUAAUUUUCAGAAUUCUAUUAACUUUAGUAACUAAAGUGACAACAGUCGUGUCGUGUCCAAGACAUUAAAAAUUUAACAAAAUAAUAACAAUAAUAGUAAUAAUAGUGUAAAUGUGAGCUGUAUCUGGAAAUACAUGUAUACGCGUUCGUACAAUAAAUAAUUAUACGAUAGAUUUCAAUAUUAAGCUAUUUAUUGAUUAAGUUAUAUUAAUAAAGUAUUAGAUAAUGUUAUUAUAAACAAUAAUUGAUGUAUUUGCGACUGUAUUCGAGGUUAUAGCUGUAAGAUACGUACAUUCCGACUUCGUGAAUGCUUAAGAUAAUUUUACUGUUAAUGAAAAAGAGAUUGUGGUGACGAGUCCAUGAGUAUUAUUCAUGUAGGUAUGUAUGGCGCUGGUGCGGUUCGUUGCAGCGGUGGACAUCACUGAUGUUUAGCUGAGGACUCGCACGGCGCGCCAUCGGAGUGGCAGUACGUACACAGACUGCCUGCCCUUGGUUGAUUCGGCGUCAUUGUUUAUAUUAUUUUACGUGACUAGUUACAGAAUUAGAAUGUAAUUGUUCAGGAUCGACGGCCACUGACGUCAACAUUGAUGUCAUAAACAAGUGGUUCAUAGUUCCUAUCCUAUUUAUGUUUACAGUGCCGAAGUGAAACUUGUAUUUAGAUUACGUCGAUACAAAGAUUAUUUAUUAUUAUUUUAAUUAAUUUCCAUUAAUAUAGCCGUCCGUUAUUUUGUAUGAUACCUAUAUUAUAAGUAGUUAUUAGUAUUUUGUUCUUUCGUAUCACUUCGGUCCUACAUUGUGUUAAGUCCUACUUCUUCUGCAGACUUUAAAGUUAAUUUGUUUAGCUCGCUUUGUAAAAGAUAAUAUAAUUUUUAUACGCAUUAAAAUAUUGUUAGUGAUAUAAUCAUGGUAACUAUUAAGAAACGUGAAUUUUUAUUUACUCACUUUAACAGCUUAAUGGUCGGUUUGGUCAAAACAAACGCGACAGCGCAAUUUGAAAUCAGUUGGACGUACACCGACAACACGUGUGAGUGAAGAAGAAUUCUUUCUUAAUCUGGAAAAUCUUAAAUAUAAAUUUUUUGAAGCAGCAACAAAAAUAAUAUAAUGAAAAAUAUGUCAUAUAAACUCAUAAGUGUUAAUGAAAAUAACGAAUUUGCAACACGCGAUGUGUGAGUUUUACGAAGAUUCGUUGUGUUCGAGUAAAUGAGCAAAAACUGAAAAAAAAGCAUCUUAAUGUGCAACCGACUGAGUGCAAGUCAUAUAUCAUAUAUAUAUCUACCAUUUAGGUACUUCAGUUAUUGCGUACGUACUGGUGGGACUUGCUCGUCUGCGCACGACUGUGGGUGAGGUGGCCUUCUUCACGACACGGGUGUAAAUAUUGUAAGGAAAGUCACAACCAAAUACCAACAUCAAGUAAUAGUUGAAAGUUGAAAUGUUGAUCUACGAUGACACAUUAUUUUCUGAGAAGAGCCGACACGAAAUUUUGUUUCUGUUUUAAAAUGAUUUUUUUUUCAUUAAAAUUGCUUUUACAAUGGUAUUCUUAGAUUGACUCUCAUAUAGUAUCGAAAGCUUAGAACCGGUUUGCUUUUUCCACAAUGAUAAUGCGUUCAGAGCGAGCAAAUCUCAACUCGUACUGAAGUGGACGCAGCGGCGCAGUGCAGGCGGCGCGACGCAGGUAGUACUAAGCAUUAAUACAUACGAUAGACAAUGUUCA